UAUUUGGGUGGACCCGCCGCUCGCGCUCUCCUGAAACUCGGGUCGCCAGAGGCAUCAUGGGCUUCGGGAGAUCCUCCCCCUUCCUGGCUUUCAGCAUCUUGGUCCUGUGCCAGGCAGGCAGUCUCCAGGCGGCACCAUUCAGGUCUGCACUGGAACCCCUCCCAGAUCCUGGGGCACUCAGUGAGAAGGAAGGGCGCCUCCUGCUGGCCGCACUGGUGAAUGCCUAUGUGCAGAGCACGGCCAAUGAGCUGGAGCAGGAGCAGGGACAGGAGACGGAGGGCUCCAGCAUCACUACCCAGAAGAGGUCCUGCAACACUGCCACCUGCGUGACCCAUCGGCUGGCAGGCUUGCUGAGCAGAUCUGGGGGUGUGGUGAAGAGCAACUUUGUGCCCACUAAUGUGGGCUCCGAAGCCUUUGGCCGGCGCCGCAGGGACCUUCAGCCCUGAGCAGUGAAAUGACUCUGGGAAGAAGGUUACCAUGAAGCUGAACUCACCACUUCUAUUAAUUUCUGUUGACAACAACUUGGUGAGGAGGCCCCAUGGAAGAUAUACAUGUUUGCAUCCUAAUAGAUAUUGAAAAAAAGCGCCUUUGUCACUUGAAAGGAAUGAAACUGAAUGCAAAAUAAGCUAAUUCCUUAUUUGUUGUGCAUCUUUUUUUAUAUUUGAUUCUAUGUGCAGUAAAUGUGAUGGCAUCUCUUAUUAGCUUAUCUAGUAGCAAACUGGUUCUUUGAAAGGUAUCCAUGGCAGCUCUGCCAAAUCUUACAGGGACAUGAAAUCAGUGCCUCUGUGGCCUCUGGGGACACAUGGUAAUGGUGAUGCUAUGCUUUAUUGUCUAAGAACAUGACUGUAUAAUUUAUUUAAGGAAAUGUCAAUAUUGUGCCAUUUGUGAACUUCAUUAAGAUUAAAAACAUAUUUUGGAUACACU